AUGGGACUCCAUCCAGUCUCAGAGGCCAACGCCUCAAGCCCCUUUGGUUCCCUCUCUGCGGCUGAAUUCUACUCCCGCCACUCCGUCACCCACUCCUCCGCUUACGUCACCAACCCCACCGGUCUCAAACUCUUUACCCAAUGGUGGACUCCACUCAACCGUCCACCACUCGGCCUCAUUGCUGUUGUCCACGGCUUCACCGGCGAAUCCAGCUGGUUCCUCCAACUAACAUCAGUCCUCUUCGCAAAAUCCGGAUACCUCACUUGCGCCAUCGACCACCAAGGCCACGGCUUCUCAGACGGUUUGACCGCUCACAUCCCAAACAUCAACCUCAUUGUUGACGACUGCAUUUCCUUCUUUGACGACUUCCGUAAACGUCACGCUUCCUCCUUUCUCCCGGCCUUCCUCUACUCUGAAUCCCUUGGUGGCGCAAUCGCUCUGUACAUUACUCUCCGCCAGAAACACCAAUGGAACGGUCUUAUCCUCAGCGGUGCAAUGUGCUCCAUCAGUCACAAAUUUAAACCUCCAUGGCCGUUACAACACCUCUUAACCCUAGCUGCUACUCUCAUCCCCACCUGGCGCGUCGUCCCAACUCGCGGCUCCAUCGCCGGCGUCUCUUUCAAGGAGCCAUGGAAACGGAAACUCGCCUAUGCUAACCCAAACAGAACCGUCGGUAAACCACGAGCAGCCACGGCCUAUGAGCUCGUACGAGUCUGCGAGGAUCUUCAAAACAGGUUUGAAGAAGUUGAAGUCCCGUUGAUGAUUGUGCACGGUAGAGACGACGUCGUCUGCGAUCCAGCCUCCGUCGAAGAGCUUUACCGGAGAUGCAGUAGCAGAGACAAGACGAUAAAGAUUUAUCCAGGGAUGUGGCAUCAGCUGAUUGGAGAGUCAGAGGAGAACGUCGACUUGGUGUUCGGUGAUGUUUUGGAUUGGAUUAAGACACGAUCUGAAAUCUCCACCAUUCAUGGUGGUACCAAAGCUUAA